CUCGCUCCGUCCCUCAUAUCCCCGCCCCCCUCGUUUCGGCCAGCAGCGCGGCGGCGGUUGACGCACCGACACUCGUACCUGCGACCGAAGCGCCACGGACGCCACGGACUCUGAUCAAGCCGUUACCAUAAUGUCCACGGAUGGGGGCUUUGCAGGAGGUAACAGUGAUGCCCAGCAGUGCCUUCAGUCUUUCUGGCCUCGGGUCAUGGAAGAGAUUCGAAACCUAACAGUGAAAGACUUCAGAGUUCAGGAACUUCCAUUGGCACGCAUUAAGAAGAUCAUGAAACUAGAUGAAGAUGUGAAGAUGAUCAGUGCGGAGGCACCCGUUCUUUUUGCUAAGGCUGCUCAGAUAUUCAUCACGGAACUGACGUUACGAGCCUGGAUACACACAGAAGACAAUAAGCGCAGGACCUUGCAGAGAAAUGAUAUUGCCAUGGCCAUCACCAAGUUCGAUCAGUUUGACUUUCUCAUUGACAUCGUUCCAAGGGAUGAACUUAAACCUCCCAAGCGCCAGGAGGAGGUGCGCCAGGCCGUGACCCCAGCGGAGCCUGUGCAGUACUACUUCACGCUUGCUCAGCAGCCGGCAGCGGUGCAGGUGCAGGGCCAGCAGCAGGGGCAGCAAACGACCACGUCCACCACCACGAUCCAGCCAGGGCAGAUCAUCAUCGCACAGCCUCAGCAAGGGCAGACCACGCCCGUCACCAUGCAGGUGGGCGAAGGGCAGCAGGUGCAGAUUGUCCAGGCACAGCCGCAGGGCCAGGCGCAGCCGGCGCAGAGCGGCACCGGGCAGACCAUGCAAGUCAUGCAGCAGAUCAUCACCAACACAGGCGAAAUCCAGCAGAUCCCGGUUCAGCUCAAUGCCGGCCAGCUGCAGUAUAUCCGCUUAGCACAGCCCGUGUCUGGCACUCAGGUGGUCCAGGGCCAGAUCCAGACGCUUACAGCCAACACACAGCAGAUUGCACAGACGGAAGUUCAACAGGGACAGCAGCAGUUCAGCCAGUUUACAGAUGGACAGCAACUGUAUCAGAUCCAGCAAGUGACUAUGCCGGCUGGUCAGGACAUCACCCAACCCAUGUUCAUUCAAUCCACCAAUCAGACGACAGACGGACAGGCCCCGCAGGUUACAGGAGACUGACAUGGUCCGGGCAGGAGGGUUCCUGCUGCCGCAGAAUUCACGCCAACUUGAUUGAUGUACCACCGACCAGGUCCAGAAGGCCUCCGUAACUUGCUUCUUCCCCGCCCCUUCCCCAAUAUAUAUCUUCAUUUGAUACCAAGCAACCAAGGGCUGUGAUCUGCAUUGUAUUAUAUGAACUGCUUCAGUCUGGUGGGAGGAAGUCCUACCCCACGAACUGAAAACGACGCAAUAUUUUUCUUUCAGGAUUUUUUUAGAAGUUGCAAAUUCUACAUGGCUCUGUACACACUGACGAAUUUUUAUAAGGAACUGUCAAACGAUGUCACUAUUCCUCAUUUCUCUAUUUCUUCAAUGGUCCGGCAUCUUUUCUUUGGCUCUUCCACUUCCCGUCCGAUAACCUUCAGGUUCCAGGAUUUGCAUCCCGUACCACCCCUGCUUUAGCAUUAGAUGGAUAUAUCCUAUUAUUAUAAUUCAGUCAUUAAGUGUGUGAGUGUACAAGUGUAAGUGUGUGUGUGUGUGUGUGUGUGUGUGUGUGUGUGUGUGUGUGAAUGAAUAUGAGAGAGAGAGAGAGAGCUAGCUGGGGUUUCUCAAUUUUUUCAAAAAAACGUCCCAGACGUAGGUGCUGCUAUCUGCAGCUUCCAAGGACAAAAUCCAAGCCACAGGUGUUUCUGUAUUAAACCUAUUUUCUAAAGGCUUUAAAGUUAGCCUUGACUUAUUUUGGAAAUAUUUAACAUUUGGAUACGCAGAUAUGCGUUAUUGGUUAAGUGUAUGAAGUUCGGUCAAUUCCUGUGUUUAAAAGCUGCAUGAAAUGCAAUAAACUCCCCCCCCCCUCUAUGGUACUAAAGUA